AUGUCUAUCUUAUGUCACUCAAGGUCGCCAUCCGGUGACCAGCUGUGCCUUUACUGCUCCACAAUCUGUGGACAGAGCCCACCUGCUCCCUCCCAUCCAUAAGCAAUAGUGUGGACGGAAAGGUGAUUCUCUUAACAUGAUACUUCAUCAUAAUUCAGCUUGAAGCUUUUUAGUUUUUUUGUCCUUUUUCUUGAAAGCUUUUAUAUAGAUACGAUAUCAAUAAAAAUAUAAUUUUCAUUACUUUGUACUUAAAUUGUCUUUUCACAACUAGGGCAUGCCAACUUGACCGAUUUGUUCUGGAUCUCUUCACAAUCAGAUCGAUUAUAAAAUACCACAGGUUAUCAAGCAAAUGAAAAAAAAAUACAAUACUUCUACUUCAGUGGAACUGUAUGUCUAAUGGGGAUCCAUGCCUAGCUGAUGCAGACUAUCGAAAAACCUUCAAGCAAAAAUUUUACCUGUUCUUUCGGCAAAGUAA